GUAACCUGCAAGGGAGAAGUUACACACACGUAGUUUAAUCCCAAGGUUAUCAACAUCAUCGCGUAACCGCCUAGGUACCUCAAUAGGGUAUAUUAGUUACAUAUGUACAUAUGCAGCCGGAAUUGUUCUAGCUGUCUAGGUAUUAUUUCCCCCCCCACGGCAUCAAAUCAUAUUGAGCAACCCCUGAAACCUUGCCCCUCAUAUGCUGAAUUGAUCAAUCGAAACAUCUGCGGAGUUGUAACUUGCACCUGAAUAUUCACCACCUCUUUCGUUCCCCACACAAAAACCUACGACCAGUUCUUAGAAAACCCACACCUCCUUUUUUACACUCUUUCAACUACCAAGCGCUGUGCGCAUCUUCCCGACUCGAUUCUUUCCUCUCAGAUCCGUCUCCAAUCUCACGUCGCGGUUCUCCAAUCGUCUAGUUUUUGAUACUACGAUUUCAUCAUGAAGGGCGAGAUCCUCCACCUUCACUUGGGCCAGGCUGGUACCCAGCUCGGUAACAGCGCUUGGGAGCUGUACCUUCUCGAGCAUGGUCUCGGAGCUGAUGGUCGACCGGACCCUAAUGCGAAGGAUGUUCUUGACGGCGGUUCUUACGAGACCUUCUUUACCGAAACUAGCAGCGGCAAAUAUGUGCCCCGUUCCAUCUUCGUCGACUUGGACCCUUCACCCAUUGACGAAAUCCGCACCAGCGGCUACCGCCAACUCUUCCACCCCGAACUUUUGAUCAGCGGAAAGGAGGAUGCUGCGAAUAACUACGCUCGUGGUCACUACACCAUCGGUAAGGAGAUGGUCGACAACUGUCUCGACCGAAUUCGACGUGUCGCAGACAACUGCAACUCGCUCCAAGGCUUCUUGAUCUUCCAUUCGUUCGGUGGUGGUACUGGAUCCGGUUUUGGUGCCCUCCUCCUCGAGCGCCUCUCCACCGAAUACGGCAAGAAGUGCAAGCUUGAGUUCGCUGUUUACCCGGCUCCCCGCAUGUCCACAGCUGUCGUCGAGCCUUACAACGCCGUUCUAUCUACUCACAGUACCAUCGAAAACUCCGACUGUACUUUCUUAGUUGAUAACGAAGCUGUCUACGACAUCUGCCGACGUAACUUGGACAUCCCUCGUCCCAGUUAUGAGCACCUGAACCGUCUGAUUGCUCAGGUUGUCAGCUCUAUCACCUCGUCCUUGCGAUUCGACGGUGCUUUGAACGUCGACUUGAACGAAUUCCAGACCAACUUGGUUCCGUACCCGCGUAUCCACUACCCGUUGAUCAGCUACGCACCCGUCAUCUCAGCCGCCAAGAGUGCGCACGAGAGCUUCAAGGUCCACGACUUGACCUUCCAAUGUUUCGAACCCAACAAUCAGAUGGUUGUUUGCGACCCCCGAAACGGAAAGUACAUGGCCGUCGCUCUCCUCUACCGUGGUGACGUCGUCCCCCGUGACUGCAACGCCGCCAUCGCAGCCCUUAAGGCUAAGGCCUCCUUCAACCUAGUUGAAUGGUGCCCGACUGGUUUCAAGUUAGGUAUCAACUACCAGAAGCCAAUGGCUGUUCCCACCGCCUCUCCAUCCGACGGCGGUCUCGCAUCUGUCGACCGCUCCGUUUCUAUGUUGUCGAACACGACCGCCAUCGCCGAGGCCUGGUCUCGUUUGGACUACAAGUUCGAUCUCAUGUACAGCAAGCGUGCUUUCGUGCACUGGUACGUGGGUGAGGGUAUGGAGGAAGGCGAGUUCUCCGAGGCCCGUGAAGAUCUCGCGGCUUUGGAGAAGGAUUACGAAGAGGUUGCGGCUGACAGCUUCGAGCCCGAUGAGACCGAGGCCGAGUACUAAGCUUUUUACAUUGAGCGUAUAAUACCCCCCAGGUUUCCCUUUCCAUCAACUCCUACUCUUUGUUGUACAAACCCGCGCACACCUAAUCCAUUGAAUUUUUUUUUCUUCGACCUUCGUGUUGGCAAAGGAGACUACUGUCUAUUCUGGAGUCGCGAAAUAGAGAGUAAUGGAAAAAAUGCGUGGAUAUUCAGUUGUUCUUGGACGAAUCGGUAGGGGUGGCCUCCUUACAACGGUUGUUUUAUCUUUGACUCGGAAAUCGCCGAUGAUAUGAUGGAAAUGCCCAUAGGUGGUAGAUGAUGGACAGAGUAAACCUCGUUUUUUUCGCUUUAUAUUUCGCCCCCAGAAUAGCUGCACAAAAUUCUGCAAUGUUGAGUAGCUUGAUGAAUGAAACCUAUAAUUCCCCCUUAAA